AUGGCGUCUUCCACUACAGCCAAUUCUCAUGUCUCUGCCUCUGCCUCUGCCUCCCCCUCCCCCUCCCCUUGCGGAGCAUGCAAGUUUCUGCGACGAAAGUGUGCGCCUGAUUGCAUCUUUGCUCCUUACUUUUGCUCUGAACAAAGCGCUGCCAGAUUUGCCGCCAUUCAUAAGGUGUUUGGAGCCAGUAAUGUGUCCAAGUUGCUCCUCCACGUCCCUGUUCCUCAUCGCUGUGAGGCUGUUGUCAGUAUUGCCUAUGAAGCUCAAGCUCGCAUUCGUGACCCUGUUUAUGGCUGUGUUGCUCAUCUUUUUGCUCUCCAACAACAGGUGGCGUACUUGCAAACACAGCUGAUGCAAGCCAGGGCUCAACUUGCACAAACCCACAUGCAGAUUCAAUGGACCGGAAUCCCAAAGUUUCCAAAUUAUCAAUCCCAAGUAACCAACUCUGCAGUUUCCCCACAGACCUCUCUGGAAUCAGCUGCCAACAAUGAUGAAGCUCAAUUUCAACAAUUUCCUACAAAAAUACCAGCUUCCUGUCAUGGUGAUGUUGGAGAGCUCCAAGCUUUAGCUCUCAGAAUGAUGAGAAACUAAUUCACUUAAUCAAAAGGGUGUAAUUUGUUUAGAAAUACAAUCAUUUUGAUACUCGUAUAAAUAAUAUCUUUGUUUAGUGAA